UCUCCUCUUUUCCCGCACCCAACCUGCACGCCAGCCCCAACGCGUGUUAGUUUCCAAUGCUUGGAUAGGGUGAACCAAGCAGGGAACGAGCAGACGGCGCGACGCACGGUUGUCCGAGCCCCCAACGUGGCAGAGAAAAACCAAGCCCAGUUGAUUGUUCAUAAACAAUAACUACACUCUAAAGAGGCUUCGGGAUAUCAUCAGACUAGCAUCUUCUACAGGAAACAAUAUCUUCAUACACUCGUCUUCAGUUCAACUGGAUGUUGAGGACUCAAAUAUUGUGUGUUUGAGCUACUUUAUACCGUUAGAGAUAGUGGAUCUCUCUUUCCUGUUUUGCCAGGAUCACACAGUUGUCACGUUCUUCUCAUGCUGACUGAAUGGAUAACAUGCAGGACGGGGUUCAGAUCGGAGACAACAAGUUCAUCAGCAAGGCAACAGUCCUCUCCCACCUCAAAACCUAUAACCUUUAUUAUGAAGGGCAGAACCUCCAGUUGAGACACAGAGAAGAAGAAGGUGAGCUGAUAGUGGAAGGUUUGCUGAAUAUCUCCUGGGGCCUGCGUCGACCUAUCAGAUUGCAGAUGCAAGAUGAUCACGAGCGAAUCAGACCUCCUCCCUCCUCUACAUCCUGGCACUCCGGCUGUGCUCUGGAUAAUCAGAGCAAAGAUAGUACCCAACAAACCCUGCCUACCAUAGAAGUGACAGAGCAGGAGAGCCAAUCAGAAGACAGCAUUGUGAAGGAGGACGAGGAAGAAGAGGAAUAUGAGAGCUCCGCCCAGCUGCUGAGGACAAAAAGCGAUGCCGGCGUUCUAAGGCGGGGCCAGCGGCGGUCGCCUAGUGACCAGAGAAGGAUAAGACGGCACCGCUUUUCCAUCAAUGGACACUUCUACAAUCACAAGACUGCUGUCUUCACUCCAGCUUAUGGUUCUGUGACUAACGUGCGGAUCAACAGUUGUAUGACCACGCCCCAGGUGCUGCGAGUGCUACUUAACAAGUUCAAGAUUGAGAACAGCCCAGAUGACUUUGCACUGUAUCUUGUACACACAAGUGGGGAGCGUGUGCAGCUGAAGCGCAGUGAUUACCCCCUGGUGAUGCGUGUUCUUCAGGGUCCGUGUGAACAGGUCAGCAGAAUCUUCCUGAUGGAGCAGGACCUGGGAGAAGAAGUCACCUAUGAUGUGGCACAGUAUAUUAAGUUUGAGAUGCCAGUGCUGCAGAGCUUCAUCACUAAGCUGAAGGAAGAAGAAGACCGUGAGGUCCAGAAACUUAGGACCAGGUACACAUAUCUGCGGUGUAUCAUUGAGAAGCAGCUGCGUUGUCUUCCUGAAGAAACUACCUGUAUGUGACUUAAUGUAGGGAGUGACCCCUAGAUCUUCCCAAAACCUCUCCGACAUCCUUAUCUUCCAUCCUCCGUCCAGACUCUGGUCCAAGCACUAAACGGGAGUGACCGAGAACCACCCGAAGGAGAGGCUUUCAGGGACAUUGUCGUUGUUUGAGCUGGGUUGGGUGGUACUUUCCUCAGUUGAGGUUGGGCUCAUUUUAAAACAUUGUGCCAGCUCUUUCUGCUCAUGCCACGAACAGUAAUUAUGUCCUUGCAAUCCCAGUCCCUCUGACAUACCCGCAACUCUGUCGCUCUGUCCUCAUAUUAACUGUACCAUGUCAGCAAUAAUAAUGGUUUAGAAUUAAGGUCUUAUUAAUGAAACUAAGUCUGGCACUUUUCAUAUGGAUCCAUGUGGAGCACUGAGCCUGCCACAUCAUAUACAUGUCUUAAAAACCCCACUAAGAAUGCACAAUACUUUUUAAGCGCAUCUGUCCCUCUAUGUUGGCCUACUCAUCGUUUUUAGUUCUAUGGAGUAAGAAGGAACUCUCUGUCUCUGUAAACAUUUUCUGAUUUUAUUUUUGACCAUUCAGUGUCACCUUGUACUCCACCUCUCUCCUGACCAGAACCUGCCUUAGAUACACGGUGAUAUUCCACUAUAGAUGCCAACCAGCCAGUCAGUGAGGGGGUUGAAUGACUCCUGUCCUGGGACAGUGGAUGUGAUGCUGAAACAUGGCAGUGUGACUACAGAGACGUAUAUUGUAAUGUCAUUUCAUGAUUGUUGCCACGGUUGAUUAAAAAAAACGUCCCUUAACCUGUUCAAGUGGAAUGUGAAAAACGUGAGGAUUUCUAUUUCCUGUGUGUUGUUAUAAUCCAGGGAUAUUCCAGGCUUUUAAUCACGUGAUGUGAGAUGACCUGGAGGCUAAAGCACAAGAGAUGACCAGAGCUCCUUUAGAUUGUGAAUUAUGUAGAUGAAGGAUCAACUAGAGUGGCUCAAAUGAGGAAUGUUUUGUGUGUGCAUGAGUUUGUGCGUCCACGUGUGUGCGUGCGCCUGAAUACCUUAUUUUGAGAUCUUGGUACCACAAUUUUAUAACAUAUAUCUUCUCUCCACUUUUAAAACAUUGCUGUAUAUUGUCUGCGCGUGUGUGCAUGGUUCCUGCAGGUGUGCUUUUCAGUUUCUACAUCUCUUUCAGUACUGACACAUUGACUUGAUACUAUUAUAGUUGUAAUGUUUCAUUGUUAUAUUAUGACUGAGUGCUUUUUGUUGGUGUGGGAAAACUCUUCAGACAUGCCACUAUUUGGAUACAUUUUUUUAUAACAGUGACUAUUAUUUAAUAAAUACCUUGAAGAAUAUGUGGUCUGUACUAAUAUCUUGAAGGAAAUGUGGUCUGUAAAUCUUUUUGGUUCUGUAGGUAGCCAGUUCAUCUUUGUAGUGUAAUACAUCAGUGUGUAACCAGAUUUCUUGGUUGUAUAAUACUUUAAAUCAAAGUGGUGUGAUAUAACUCAGGAGUAUUUCUGUCUUUAGUUUUGGUGUGCUAAGAAGCUUACAGUAACUGCCGGCUGAAUCAUCCUCUAACACUCACAGGUCAUCUCUGGCUAGGUGUACAGCUACUGUAAAAGGUGCAGGUGUUACUGUCUGUACUAUGUUGGUGGGGCGGGGCUUAUUUACAGUGUUAGUAAGGAUGGAUGUCACUGUUUUUCCCAUUCAGCCAAUGAGGAAGUCAGAGAAAAAUCCCUUCUACCUGUCUGAGACCAUCAACGUCACAGGACUCACAUAAAAAGAGCAGACAAAGUGACAACAGAGGAAGACAAAAAAAUCCACAAACCCGUCUUGGAAUUUCUGCACAUCUUGGUCAACUUCUACAGGGAAUGAUUAUGGUUGGCUGUAGUUCACUUUUCCUCAACCUGGGAACCUGCCUGUUGCUUCUAUCAACGCUGUGCCCAGCGUCCGCGGCUCGUCGUGGUGGGAGCUUCGGCCGUGGUGGGGGGUGGGGAGGUAGUAGCCGUGGAGGAGUUGGGGGUUACCCUCGUCAAGGGGGAGGCACGGGAUACCGACCGGUGCCUUCCUCAAGUGGACAGGCAUACCGACCGAUGCCUGCCCAAAGCGGAGGCUCCAGUGUCGGGAAGAUGGCCGGAGCUGCUGCUGCUGGGGCCCUGGGGGGAGCAGUGCUGGGCAGUGCCCUGAGUCGCCCUGGCUAUGGAGGAGGGUAUGGGAUGUAUGGAGGUGGCUACGGAGGGUAUGGGGGAGGGUAUGGGGGAGGAUAUGGGGGAGGAUAUGGGGGAGGAUAUGGGGGGUACCCCAGAGCUGGAGGUUAUGGCCCCAGGCCUGUUGGCUAUGAAGGACCAGAAGGCUCUGGGGAUAUGGAGUAUUACUACGGAGCGUCCAGCGGACCCAUCUACAACAGCAUCAUUGUCAUCAUCGGGUCUCUGAUGUCAUUGGUGAUGGGGAACAUGCUGGGAGUGAUGUAGAGCCGGAGUGAAGAAAGAAGGGGGAAGGAGGUGGUCCUGAUGGAUCCCUCUAGACCCAGAUCAGUAGUGUGCAGCACUACUCUUGUGACCCAAACCCAUCUAGACUGACCCUGAUCCAGACCAAGGCCUUUGGAAUUGAGUCCCAAACCAAGGCUGCAUCGGCAUCCAGAUCCCUGUUUGCAUUUCCAUCCGUUCCAUCUGUGACUAACAGGUGUAGUGGAGCAUAUUUACUUCCUAAAAAUAUGUUCAAGUGGAUUUCUUUUGUCAACAAACUGUUUGCACUUUUCAUGACAAACACAACAUAAAAUAUCUGAUCUGAUAGUUUACAUUCCAGCUGCGCACUCACUACCUCUGUAAAGCCGUAGUAAAUGGUUAUUUACUUUAACUUUACAAUGAUUAUCAACAGUAUUGUAUUGCCAUGGAUCUGUAGGCAACACUGGAAAUAGUCAUUAUAACUCAAUUUACUGAAUUCCACCCUUGGUACAACAGUUACUGACAGCUUUAGUGUUUAUUUGUAAAUUCUGUAAAUGUGUAUAAAUUAUAUUUUGUGUCCAUUAUUUUUCUUACUUUAUUGAACAAUAUGUGUGUUUGUAAAGUGCAGUGCAUGAAUCUUAGUGUAUAAUAAAAUAACUAGUUCCAGUA